CCCCCCCCUCCUCAACCCCCUAACGCCCCCCUUCCUCCUCCUCUGUCUCCGCGCCCAAGCAACCCCCACCACCUCCCCCGCCUUCAUCCUAACAACCAUCUACUGCAUCCUCACCGCCUCCCUCCACCUCUUCCGUCUCCUGAACACGCAUUUCGGCUACGGAGUGCCCCGAUCUGUCGACUUAUCGGAAGAAGUAGUGGUCGUUACGGGUGGCGCGAGCGGGUUGGGAUUGUUGAUUGCGAGGGUUUAUUGUUUGAGGGGUGUGAGGGUCGCGAUUUUGGAUUUGAGUGUGGAUGGGGAUGGGGUGCGGGAGUUGAGGGGGGAGGUGGGGGAGGUUGGAGAUGAUCAGGGGUUGGGGGUUUAUAGGUGUGAUGUUGGGGAUCGGGGGGAGGUGGAGAGGGUGUUGGGGAGGGUGGAGAGGGAGUUGGGCCCUCCUACCGUGUUGAUUCAUUGCGCUGCUGCGCGCAUCAACGGUCUCCCUUUGCGCCAGCUCUCGUUCCACGCCUUCCAGAAAACUAUCCAGACUAAUCUCCUCGCCGCCGUGAAUCUCUAUCAACUCUUCUUGCCGCGCGUGCUGGCCGCCCCCAAUGGAGGGACCAUUGUCACGGUUAGUUCGGUGCUCGGACAGCUGUGCGCGGCUGGUCUGGCCGAUUACUCGGCGAGUAAGGCGGGGUUGAGCGCCCUGCAUCGUUCGUUGGAGGCGGAACUUCGUGUCGCUGGGGAUGAUGCCAAAGUGAAGAUGAUCUUGGUGGAGUCGGGCCAGAUUGCAACGCCGCUGUUCGAAUCCGUCAAAACGCCUAACCGGUUCUUCGCCCCUGUCUUGGAACCUGUCCAGGUCGCGCAGGCUAUCGUCUCGGCGGUGGACAGCGGAAGAGGCGGCGUGAUUAGAUUGCCCGCGUUCGCCACGCUGGUCAACUGGUAUGCCGUGUUACCUGCGAGUGUCCAACGGUUGGCGCGAUACCUGAGCGGGAUCGACAGCGCCGUAGCACAAGCCGCGGAUUCGUCGGGCCGGCAAUUGCAGAGCGAGCUAGAUCACAUGAAAGAGGAUUGACCCAACUGUAAUGCCACCAUGUAUAUAGCGACAAUGAAUUCGGUCUAGCAAGCCUUGCCACAAUCUGGAGCAGAGCGUUUAUUGCUCCCGCGCCAGGAUCAUCUUUUCGCGCUCGCUCUGUCUCUUGGGCAGGUUCUCCUUCUUGGUGUGUCGGCGAACGUUCUCCUCGCGUCUCUUGAUCGCGCCCAGUUCCUCCCGCUUGAUCUCGCGCGCCUUCAUGAUGGGCUUCGGC